AUGGGAUCUCCGCCCACUCUCUCCAGCAUAUUAACAGACAAGGACUUGAAGCUGAAUUUCGCGGUGACUUUCAGCGAGGAAAUACUCCCCUUCAAAAUUUCCGUGAAGCAGGACUUCCUUGACCUGACAAGUCUCAAAGUUUCGCUGACUCGAUUCACUGAGGACCAAGAGCACCCAGAAGAAAAUGUCGACGGACCCGCUCAGCACUAUGUGCGAGAAAUCACUCGGUUCUGGACCGACAACUAUGACUGGAGAAGUGUGGAAGCGCACCUAAACCAAAGCCUGAACCAUUUCACGACCACCGUCCAAACGCCUUUGACUGCGCAUCACAGAUACGCAGACCCUGUUCCUCUGCACUUUGUCCAUCACAAGUCUGGUCGUCCCGACGCGAUUCCACUGCUUUUCGUGCAUGGGUGGCCUGGGUCUUUUCUGGAAGUUGAAAGUCUUGUUGCGCCACUGACCGAGCCUCCCGAUUCGGGGAGUCUGGCAUUUGACGUCGUAGCCCCCUCGAUCCCAGGAUAUGGAUUCAGCCCUUCCCCCCGAAAACCCGGGUUUGGCUAUCGUCAGGCCGGGGCGACCUUCCGCGCCUUGAUGUUGAAGCUCGGUUACGACAAGUAUGUCUUCCAGGGCGGAGAUGCCGGUGACCUGAUCAACCGGUACGCGGCCGUGGAUUUGCCCGAUAAUGUUGUCUCAGGACUAUCCAAUUUCUGGGUGACGCCACCGCGCGAGGGGGAUCUGGUCCGGCGUGCCCAAAACCAAACAUCUGACGACGAGACAUACGUGAUCGACCUUUACCAGAGCUUCACUGCGACAUCCUGGGGCUAUGCCCAGCUGCAACAGACCCGCCCCUCACGUCUGGCAAUAGGUCUUACCGACAGCCCCAUCGGGCUGGCCAUGUGGAUCUAUGAUAGCGUCCGAGCUGGCGUUACGGACCCUGCCAAAAUCUGGACGCCGGACCGAUUGAUUACCUGGACCAUGAUGCACUGGAUCAAUGGACCCUACGGUGCAUUCUCGUUGUAUAAGAAUGGUGCCCAGGACGGUGCAAUCUCCCCACAGGGCAUCAACCAGCUGCCCUAUGUGAAACAACCCGUGGCAAUAUCCGAGUUCCCUUAUGACAUCUGGUACAGAACUCCUCUAGAAUGGGCCAGAAGAGGUGGCAACGUUAGAUACCGCACUGUCCACAAGCUAGGUGGCCAUUUCCCGAGCCUGGACGUGCCUGAUUUAUUGAUCGACGAUAUCAGGAGGUUUUUUGGUGAUCGCGAAAUCUCAAGCACCAAGGUCUUUAUGGCUUAG